AUGGCUUCUACCUCAGCUUCCAACUCAGACGACAUUAGCCGCACGCAACCAGGGGGCAAAUCGAUGCUCGCAAGGCAACGUGCAAAAGAAGAGGCUGAAGCGAACGGUCGUCAAGCUCCAAAGGGUGGAUGGUUUCCUCUGGGCUACAAGGAUGGUUUCUCCCAAUGGUGGGCGUCACUCACACCAGCGGUGACCGAGCACAAAGUCAUGACUUUCAUUCCAUACCUUCAACAACCACCUACGCACAUGCAGACUGGCAGCACCCCGACGAGCCCGAGCGCGAGCAUGACACAGGUUGACCAGAUCCAGGAGCCUAUACAGCGGACGAGCAGCGUGAACGAUCCCCACGGACCUCGACAGUGGCAAUCACAAAUGGUACAACUGCAGGGAAAGAACAGAUACUUGAACGAGUUCAGUGUAGAGAGGCUAGGAGAGCAGACGGACAACAACUUGGUUAUGCUCCACGGAUAUGGAGCUGGACUAGGCUUCUUCUACAAGAAUUUCKAGGCACUAUCUCGCUUGCCUCAUUGGAAGCUAUAUGCUCUUGACAUGCUGGGCAUGGGAAGAAGUAGUAGGCCAAACUUCAAGAUCAAAGCCACCGAUAAGGRGGCAAAGGUGCGAGAAGCCGAGAGCUGGUUUGUCGAUGCUCUGGAGGAGUGGCGUGUCAAGAAGGGUAUUGACAAGUUUACAUUGCUGGGUCAUUCCCUAGGAGGCUACAUGGCUGUCUGCUACGCCCUCAAAUACCCUGGCCACCUGAAUAAGCUAAUAUUGGCCUCUCCGGUGGGAAUUCCAGAGGAUCCAUAUGCAGUCAAUGAAGCUAUGCCGGAGCCUAGCGAUAGCACCAUGGCCAAUGAAUUUACAGAAGACGCGGAUUCCAAGACGAAGCUGAAACCUCGAAAACCGCUGCCGGGAUGGCUCACAACUUUGUGGGAUGCAAAUGUCUCACCAUUUUCCCUUGUCCGUUGGACAGGACCAAUGGGACCACGCCUUGUCUCUGGCUGGACGUCCCGUCGCUUUUCGCACCUACCGGCCGAGGAAUCGCAAGCACUCCACGACUAUAGCUACUCGCUUUUCCGACAACGUGGCAGUGGCGAGUACGCUCUAGCUUAUGUCCUCGCACCUGGAGCGUUCGCAAGAAGUCCUCUGAUUCGACGCAUACAUGGCGUAGGCCGCCAAUUGCUGCAAGUCCACAACGAGCCUUCCCCGGAUAAUUUGGGUGACCAAGACUUGACUGCUGCYGUGGCACACAAAGCCCGAGAAACAGGCAUUCCUGUGGUAUUAAUGUAUGGCGAAAACGACUGGAUGGACGUGGCAGGUGGCUAUGCCGCCGAAGAACAGAUCAAACGAGAGAAGAAGAAGGCAUUGGCGCAGGCGAGCGAAGAGGAGAAGCAGAGAGAGAAUGGAGAUGUCAAAGUAACUGUGAUCGCAAAGGCCGGUCAUCACCUUUACUUGGAAGGGCAUGAGCAAUUUAACGAGGAAAUUCUGGGAGAAAUGAGAGAUGUUGAAAGAAGACAGAAGCGUUUGAUGAAACUAUAG